GGUUUAAGCCUUCAAAAUGUCGGUGCGACGGCUCCUGGCCCGCGGCUUCGAGCUCGGCCGCUCGGCCUUGCGCCUCGUCGCCCCCGCGGCCAGGGCCAAGGGCAGCGCGGCCUUCGGGCGGCCCUGGGCCCAGCAGCCGCUGCGGGCCGCCCUACCCGCCCGUUACCGCUAUUUCCGCCUGUCCGUGGGCGGCCUGGCGGUUCAGCUCCAGCGCCGAGCGUCCCGGCAGAUCCCCGGGCUUGGCGGGGCCUUGCUGGCCUUCGGCCUGGGGCUAGGCUUCAUCGAGCAGCAGGUGGAGGAGGUGAGGAUGGGGGUUGCUGCCUGCGAGGACAUCCAGACAUUGUUUAAAAGGAAGAAAAUUAAAUAUGAAAACUCCAUACCUUUGUGCACCCGUGGAUAUCGGUUUGAAGAUUACCAGAUUGGAUACCACAUUGGAAAGGGGUGUAAUGCAGCUGUGUACAAGGCGUUUAUCCCUGGACUGGUCAACCCAAAGGCAAGCAAUACGAUCACAACAAAGCAGACAGUCCAAGAGGGUAGUGGGGAGGGAAAGACUGAACCCACUGUAAAGGAUGUCUCCAGUGAGAAUCCCGAAAUACGAAAGAGCACAAUGAUUAUAGAGGAAACAUCAAGUUUGAGUUUUACGAUUUUGAAGAGCGAACCAUCAACUGACCCUGACCCACUGAGUGUGUCUGAAGGAGACAUCAGCUACCCACAGGGUGCUUCCAAGGGAGACAUCAGCUACCCACUGGGUGCUUCCGAAGGAGACAUCAGCUACCCACUGGGUGCUUCCGAAGGAGACAUCAGCCACCCACUGGGUGCUUCCGAAGGAGACAUCAGCCACCCACUGGGUGCUUCCGAAGGAGACAUCAGCCACCCACUGCGUGCUUCCGAAGGAGACAUCAGCCACCCACUGGGUGCUUCCGAAGGAGACAUCAGCCACCCACUGGGUGCUUCCGAAGGAGACAUCAGCCACGCACUGGGUGCUUCCGAAGGAGACAUCAGCCACCCACUAGCUGCUUCCGAAGGAGACAUCAGCCACCCACUAGCUGCUUCUGAAGGAGACAUCAGCCACCCACUAGCUGCUUCUGAAGGAGACAUCAGCCACCCACUAGCUGCUUCUGAAGGAGACAUCAGCCACCCACUAGCUGCUUCUGAAGGAGACAUCAGCCACCCACUAGCUGCUUCUGAAGGAGACAUCAGCCACCCACUAGCUGCUUCUGAAGGAGACAUCAGCCACCCACUAGCUGCUUCUGAAGGAGACAUCAGCCACCCACUAGCUGCUUCUGAAGGAGACAUCAGCCACCCACUAGCUGCUUCUGAAGGAGACAUCAGCCACCCACUAGCUGCUUCUGAAGGAGACAUCAGCCACCCACUAGCUGCUUCUGAAGGAGACAUCAGCCACCCACUAGCUGCUUCUGAAGGAGACAUCAGCCACCCACUAGCUGCUUCUGAAGGAGACAUCAGCCACCCACUAGCUGCUUCUGAAGGAGACAUCAGCCACCCACUAGCUGCUUCUGAAGGAGACAUCAGCCACCCACUAGCUGCUUCUGAAGGAGACAUCAGCCACCCACUAGCUGCUUCUGAAGGAGACAUCAGCCACCCACUAGCUGCUUCUGAAGGAGACAUCAGCCACCCACUAGCUGCUUCUGAAGGAGACAUCAGCCACCCACUAGCUGCUUCUGAAGGAGACAUCAGCCACCCACUAGCUGCUUCUGAAGGAGACAUCAGCCACCCACUAGCUGCUUCUGAAGGAGACAUCAGCCACCCACUAGCCGCUUCUGAAGGAGACAUCAGCCACCCACUAGCCGCUUCUGAAGGAGACAUCUGCUGCCUACUGGAUGCUUCCGAGGGAGACGUCAGCUACCCACUGAGUGCUUCCGAAGGAGACGUCAGCUACCCACUGAGUGCUUCUGAAGGAGACGUCAGCUACCCACUGGGUGCUUCCAUGGGAGAAGUCAGCUACCCACUGGCUCUAAAAAUGCUUUGGAACAUAAAAGCGGGGUCCUCCAGUGAUGCAAUCCUGACAGCAAUGGGCAAGGAGCUGGUCCCAACCAUCCCCAACGCUUUAACCAGAGAGUUUGACAGAACCAAAGGACCCUACAGUCAUAACAGAAAGAAGAUGAAACCACAUCCAAACAUCAUCCAGAUUGUCCGAGCUUUCAUAGACAAUGUCCCUCUCUUGCCUGGAGCUUGGAUAGAUUACCCUGAUGUACUGCCAACCAGAUUGAAUCCUUGUGGGUUGGGACACAACCGCACCCUCUUUCUAGUGAUGAAAAGCUAUCCAUGCACCCUGCGCCAGUACCUUCAGGUCUGUAUCCCCAACACAAACUGUGCGACUCUGAUGAUUCUUCAAUUACUGGAGGGAGUGGAUCAUCUAGUUCAGCAUGGCAUUGCACACAGAGACCUGAAGUCUGAUAACAUCCUGGUGGAGUUUGAUUCAGUUGGCUGUCCACGUUUGGUGAUCACUGAUUUUGGUUGCUGUCUGGCAGAGGAAUGUCUCGGGUUGAGGCUUCCUUUUACUAGCAUGGAUGUCGACCGGGGAGGAAAUGGCUGCCUAAUGGCUCCUGAGAUUUCUGCAGCAGUCCCUGGACCCAGUGUAACUAUUGAUUACAGCAAAUCAGAUGCCUGGUCGGUGGGUACCUUAGCCUAUGAGAUCCUGGAUCUUCAUAAUCCAUUUUAUGGAUGUGGAAUGGAUUACCUGGAGAGCAGGAACUAUCAAGAGGAUAAGCUGCCACCUCUGCCUGGCUCUGUUCACAGAGACGUGAGGCUGGUGGUGAAACUUUUGUUGUGCAGAGAUCCUAAGAGGCGCCUGUCAGCAAGAGCUGCUGCAAACAUGCUGCACCUACACCUGUGGGGGGCAGAGCUCCUUGCCUCCACACAGAUCAGUGUGGAGAAGGUUUUCGAUUGGCUUCGGUGCCAGACUCUGUUCACCUUCCUGCAGGUCGCAAUGAAUCAUGAAUUAUCCGUGGAGACCGAACUAAAGAGAAGCUUCUUGGCAAAUAUCAACUUCGAAGAAUUGAGCCUGGGACUGGAUCUACUGCAACACGGGAAGGGCUGAAUGAGUUCACAUCAAUAAAUAAAACCCUGGGUUCUAAAACAGAAUUUAGUUAAAUUACUGCUACUAAUUAGGGAUCUGGGAAUAAAACUUUGCAUUUAGUUCAUGAUUAAUGAGAUGAAUAAGAGCUUGACAUUAUGUCUGGGACUUAUCCUGACCCAAUAGUUAAUGAUAAACAUCUAAUGCAAUCUCUCACCAUACAGUACUCGACUGACAUUUAAGGGAAAUAAAUGAUUGGCUUCCAUGGAUCUGAAGCAGCUGGUAAAUAAAUAUGUGCAUAUGUGAUUAACCCUGUGUUUACUGUAGAAUUUUACUGACCCUGCCAUUCUGAAAUAGAGGCCAGCUGCUAUUGAGUUGAUUUUUUGCACAGCUUGUACCUCGAAGUUGAGCCCUGGAACUCAGCAGUUUUAGUUAACAAAAUGAGUCCAGGGGAAAGUCCAAGGUUCACAGUGCAUGACACCGUCAAGUUGUAAAGUGUAUGAGAAGAACAAAGACAAAUCGUUAGUAGUUGUAGGUGACACUGAGCCUAGGUUUUUAACUCCCAUAGAUUGUCAGAGGAAAGGGAGACUGGGGGGAUGCAAGAAAUUCCAGUUUUGAGAUUUUGGGGAGGGAAAAUUAAGUUUGUGGACAUGAGAUAUUAAUCCUGUGAGCAGGCACUGUUUGUCAUGUGCCGGUUCCAUUUAGGGGAAAAAAUCUAGCAAAUAACUGGAACAUUUUUCUGCACAUCUUGCUUGUUUUCUGUAUUGCAGCAGUUUAUCUUGCAGCUAAAUUAGUUACUGGGCUUGCUAAGUAGGCAGUCACGCUGAUGCACAGGUAUGUUUUCAGUCUGCAUUUACAAUACAGUCCUGUUUAAAGUAGCUUAAAUAAACAGUACCAUCUGAUAUUUGAA